AUGGCUACGAAGGGCGAUACGCCGAAAAAGCCUGCCAAUAUUCAACGGGCUAUUUCAAGCGUCAAUGAUAAUUGUAGAUUGUCUUGUUGUCCGCUAAAGAUUAAAUACGGAGAAUUUAAAAAAAAUUCGUAUAUUUCAACGCAAAACCUUUUCAAGGUCUCGACGCGCGAAGGAUGCAUACAAGGUCUGACUUUGGCAGAACUCUGUUCACAUAUUGGACUGGAAAUUGAAAAAUCAGACACGUUCUCUGAUCGAGUAUGUCAUGCCUGUGGUAGGAAAAUACGGAACGCAUUUGAUUUCUAUACCUUCAUCGCCUCAAACUUGAAAAGAGAGAAGGAUAACUCGGCUGUGAUGGAAGUUGAUGACCAUUCUGGUAGAUUCAAGCGGCUUUUGCCAACAACCAUUUCAUCGCCGGAUAGAAGUCCUCAGGCCAGAAAAGGGAAAAAAGCAACUGGACAAAAAUCAUUAGCGAAAAAAUCCUUAAGUUUUAAAGAUGUUUCGAGCUCUGUGGUUAACACUGACAGCGAUCACAACGAAAUCUCUACUUCAAACACAGCGGAUGACUCACCUCAGGAAGCUGGCGAACUUUUUCUCUCAUAUCUAAACGUGGAAGACUUACUUGAAAGUUCAAGCACCGAAGCUAAAGUGGUAAUUGUUAACCCGGGUGGUCGCGUUGAAACGUUCAGCUCGUUUCAUGAUAAGACGAAAUCGAUCAUGGUAAAUCUGUGCAGAAAAAAAUGGAAAACGGUUGCGAAUUUGACAUUCGAGCACCCGAAUAUUCGGGAAGAGUUGCCGGAUCCUCUGAGAAGAACCGUCAGCAAAGAAUUCCAGGAAUAUUGUAACAAUGCGACAGAUUCAGUAUUGAAAAAGUCAAGACCCGACGAUCUGGCCGCGUUUUCGAAUAAAGUUUUGGUUCAUGAGGCAGAUGUGUGGUGUCCAUUCUGGAUGAAUUGUGUCAGAGGUGCGUGUAAUGUGCGAGAUUCUUCACAACUGGAUGUCAAGAAAAUCAAUGCAAUGGCCUUGAUAAAAUCAGUUGCUGCUAGAGGAAGAAACGAGACCAUGUCAGCAGUCGCAUACCGUAUUUCUGCAGUUCUCUUUCACAGUGGAGUCAAGCAUGAAGAUCUGCGAAUUCUAAAUAAACUUGGAGUAUGCAUGUCUCCAGAUAUGAUUGUACAAUUCCAAAGGAAGAUGGGCGAGUGCUGUGAAUCAAAAGUAGGUCAUUGGAAGAGGGAGAUUGAAAAGGCGAAAGUUGCUAGCCUGUUGCUGAAUGAAGUUCGAGAAAAGCAGGUUGGCAAUCACGAGGACGAUGUGAUGCGUGUCGACAUCGAUUUUUCAGAGGAAACCAUCAGGAAAUAUGAUUUCUUCGAGCCGGCCGCUUUCCAAUUCUGCCAGGAGCACAUUAACCGCUUCUCGGAUGAACAAGAUAUCAUCACAGACCAGGAGUUAGGAGCAGCAGCAGCAGAAAUUGCCAAAAUUCAGCUUCCUUACUACAGGUAUAUUAUUUUAUAAACUGCAAACGAUUUUUUUUGGUAAAAUAUGUUUUCGGAGGACCAAAAAUGACCUGCCUUAGAAUUAUUUUUAGCUAAUGUGGAAGGCUAAAAUUAACUUGAUGACCGUUCCAUUCACGGACAAUUUUGGAACACAUAAUUUUCUGUUUUUUCUUUUCGCAUUUUAAUUCCACGGGUUACGCUAUUUUUCGUAGAAAAAAGACGUUUUAAUGUCGUGAAACUUAAACUUACGUUAAAUAACAUCUAAAAUUUUCGGGAAAAUACAUUGAAACCCAUGUCAUUUCGAAAAGAAUUAAGUUGCCACGGGAAGACCGAACAGACACAUUUUUUUAGCGCUGCUUUUAGAUCUAUAGCCUAAAAAAAUGUUUUCCAAUACAUUUAGGAUGAAACCGUCGUUGGGUACCCUGAAAGAUUAAAUGAUUAUUUAUAAAAUAGGUUUUUAGAGGUUUUAAUAACUAAAUUUCAGAGACGCACAGGACGGUAGAGAGGUGUACUUAGUCCUUUUUUAAUUUUUUUUUCUCCUAGAAUUAUCCAAAAAAAUAACAAUAAUUAAUCAUCUUGGCAAACAAAAUUUGUAAUCUUUAAAGAAACAAGUAAAAUUUAAUUGUUUUUUUUUUUUCAAAACUCUAGGUUGGUUGGCGACAAUAUAGAUUUAAUGGUCAAUGCCAGGAUCCAGAGUGUUGAGAGCAGCAACCGUUCUAUUCAUUGGACCCAGCAGUAUGCUGUUCUGAACCGUGUCAAUGAGGUGGCAUUGGACACAAAAAGACCAAGAAAAUCCCUUAAAGAAUUGCAGUUACUUGAUCUGCUUCCUGACCAAGCAAGUUUGGAACGCCUCAAACACAGAUGGGCUGUGUUGGUGAGCAGGAUUAUAAGCAAGUACCUCACAAAGUUCCAUCCAUUCAGGGAUGUAGUCAUUCGUCACAUUCCACAUCACUACUCCAAGGAAAUGAAGACAAAAUCACAAACCGUGAGUUUAACUUACAUACCAUCAAUUUAAAAACCUACUGGGAAAUAUAACCUGUAGUAAACCUGCUAGCAAUAUAAGUAUGGCAUACACAAUGUAUAAGGUUAUAAGAGAAGGAUCAACUUGUAGAUAUAUAUAUAUAUAUAUAUAUAUUUUUUUUUUUUUAACUGCAGACAGUACUGUUUCGGCCUUCUGGGCCUCAUCAGUGCAGUGCUGAUGUCUAGGUAUAUAUAUUUUUUUUAUAUAUAUCCACUGUCACCAAGGAACUGAAAGCUUAUGUUUGAAAAAAAUAUAUGGUCAAACUCCUUUUUUAUGAAGUAAAUUUCUGGUGUAUGUACAAUUGUUGUCUCCCAAGAGGAUAUUUUCAAACAUUUAGUAUCCACUGCCUGUAGACCUGUGAAAUCUUUAAAAACCCUCCCUUGUUUGCAAACUAUAGUACAUGCCAACUACAAAAAGCAAUUUUUAAAUUAAAUAUUACUCAAAAAUAAACAAAAAUUGGGCAUUUGGCAUUCAAACUCUUUCAGUCCCUUGAAAUGUGCAUCUUUUAGCUCAGUUCUUAAGAGCCUUAAAUAGUGGUUCCUCUGAUUUUUUUCAAUUGCAGUGUAGUCUGGGUGUUCAAUUCUUCAAUCCCAAUGUUGCAAGUGAAAUGGCACAACUUCUUAUGACAAAUCAUGAAAAGUAUGUGCCAUCGUUCAAAACCACGGAUGGAAAAGCAGUCCUCAAGUCAGUGCCAUUUCAUGGAGACCAGCUAUUUGAGGAAAGGGCAAGAAACACACAAUGGGUAUACCAAGAUGGUGACAAUGAAUACGAUAGACUUGAGGGCCUGGAAACAGAAUUUGCAGACUGGCAUGCAAAGUUCAAUUUGUAUAUGGUUUGUAUCUAGAAUUAACUUAUUAAGAUCAGAAGGAAAACUUAAAAAAAGCGGUGCUGUUUAGCAACACACAGUGCUAUUAUGACAUUGUUAACUAGCCUCAAGGCAAAAAUGUUUACUUCCAAAUUUUAGUCUUUUUCUCUGAACUCUAUCCCAAAUAAAAAAGAUUUUGUCAUUUCGAAGGAAGUAAAACAAUCUUUUUUGAAAUUUUUUUGGAGGUGUGCACAACUGCAGCUGCUGAAUUGCUGAGUAGCAGUUUACAUUCCAUUUAUAGGCAGCUGGGAAAAACAUUUCAAGGGAAUAUGUGGGACGGGGACCUGUGAUAAAUUCAAUAACAUCAAUAUAUAACACAUAAAUAAAAAAAAAACUUAGAAUUAUUUGUUCUAAUUUUAUACAACAGAUUGAAAAUGAGCUCUUUGUUGACAACUCCUCAGCUGCAGAGAUUGGAACUUCUCGUGCUAGCAUGAACAGAACGUUUAAGACCAAUGCUGCGAAGGGGGUGAACAACCAUUACAAUGAAUAUAAGGAGUUUCAUGCACGUGAAGUAGAGGCUCAUGUCUGCGCUUCAUUUAUGGAAAUGUCAGGAAUGACAACAUUUGAUGGUAAAUAUAAAUACAGUCAAACCUCCACUUAAACUCCACCUCACCAAAAUGGCCCCUUUUUUGCAUGACUGGGUCCGUACAAUCAAUCUUGGGUAAACCUCUCUACAAGAGCCACUAUUCCUUGUCCCCAAGAUGGCCAUAUUCAUAACUCAAUUGAGUUAUUAAUUAAAACUGCAACUCAACAUUUGUAAAGUUUACCAUAGCAAUUGGGCUGAAAUCGGAAGAAUGUAUUAAUAUUUUGUGUCAUGUUAGCCUUUUGAUGUUGGAUGCUGUAAAUGUUCUUUUAUGUCAUUGUUUUUCUAAACAGAUAAUCCAGAUUAUGAUGUACCAACCAAACAGGACUUGAGUAGAGAAAGUCGUAGGAAAUGGCUACUUGAACUCUGCCUUAAACAUGUAGAAACAUACAUUAUGACAGUCAGUGAAGUUGAACCUUUGGUCCAGCAAGUGAGAGAGUUGGAGAGUGCAGUUGCAGCAGCAGGUUUCUUGUGCCGGGUUGAUGGGUGUGACAAAAAUUACAGUCAACACUCAAGUAGAGUCAAGUAAGUGCGAAUGGGGAGCAGCUGUUAUUCCAAGCUUAUGUGACUUUUCAAUCUCUAUGAUAACUCUGGACUGUCAUAACAGGCUAGGGCCAUGCAGGGGUUUCCCUUGGCUAUAACUAAAAACAUGAUCCCGGCUACUGUCAUAGUAAAAUAAAGGAAAACUAUAGGACCCAAAGACAUCAAUUACUAUAAUUAUCUGUUUGAAUCCCUGCCUACACUCUUUGUAUUUUGCUGACAGCUUUAGUGUAACCCUGUUGGGUUAACUCCACUAUAUGGGAGUAUUAUCAAACAGUAGGAUUUUUUGUUGUUGUUCCAAAGGGGCCAGUUGUCAAUUUGGAUUUCUCCUUCCAGAUUCAAUGUUGAUAUUUCUUUUUGUUUGUAAAAGGCAUGAAGUUACGCAGCAUGGCAUUGUUUGGGAACAGUAUGAGGCAGGGAAAGAGAGGGAUAUUAUGGGAUUUUACCACUGUAGAAUGUCAUGUGGCCUGGUGUUCUCAACAAAAUCCACCAGAAACAGGUAUGAAGAAACUAUAAAUUUGACUCUUAAUAUUGUUUUGCCCUCUUAUCCUCCGUUCAUUUCAGUCGACUAAUGAAAAUGUAAGUGUCUUAUAUAAUUGUCACGAAAUUAGUUGUCAUGGAAGAUGAUAAUUAAAAGCCUGGUUAAUAGAAGCAACAUAUUGUUAAGAGCAAUUAUUAAAAAAGCUCUUUUUUCCUUAUCUAGACAUGAAAGCACAGCACAUUCAGGCACCACUGUCCAGACAGAGCAAGAUCAGCAAGAUGGGGCAGGGAAAGAGGGAGCAAAGGAAGAUUUCCUAUUUAACUAUCAUCAGGCAAAGCUUACCUUUGGACUUAUCUUAUUUGAGUUUGAUGAUGCCAUUAAAGAAGGGGAUGGUGAUAGGCUCCAUGAUUUUUACAGGUUUGGCUUGCUUUUGUUCAAAGCAUAUGGCAAGACCAAAUAUGCUUACGUAAUCUUGCUUUACUUGGCCAAAAUUAAGGCGAUAUUGUCAGAAUCAGAUGCACAUGAUCUUAAAUGGAACAGAACAUUUAACAAACAUGGCUUGCCAGGAAUGAACAUUCCACUGGACUUGCGAACCGAGCAGUACAAUCGUGAUGUAAAGGGAAUGUGGAAGGCACUUGGUGCCAAUAUCAAUGAAGAUUCAGCAGCAAGAGUAGCUAACACUGUUGAGCCAAUGGAAAACAUUUAUGAUUCAAUAAGGAUUGACUUGGGACUCCCAGAAAUCCGAGGUUACAGGUCUGGAGGAAAUCCUGAAGUUGCUGUACACCAAUUGAUCUGCGAUUUAAUGCAAAUUUCUGCAUUCAAACAUAAUCCAGGCAGGGGAGGGCACCCAUCCUUUCCUGAAUUCUCAUCUAAUUUAUUGCAGAAUCUUGAUUACCGUGAUCUACACACGUGGAUGAAUGGGCUUAUUAAGACAUGGGAGCCUAUCUACGAAUUAAAUAGAGUUUAA